UAGUACCACAGCAUGGUACAGAUCACAGUCCACCCCUCCCCCGACAGCACAGGCACGAGGACAAGGGGAGCGCACUGGUCCAACGACCACGGCACAAAAUUCCACAACCCCUGGGAGUCGGACAGUUACCCCACGUUGUGGCCGAUUCUGAAGACUAUCUACCUCAUGGCAACGACAAAAGACCCAACCCGCGCACAGGCCAAGACCCUCAUCCCACACAUUUCCAACCCCGAUUUCGGCAAGUCGCUCAACCAGAACGAGCUGAAAGCGACGUGGCUCGGGCACGCUUCGGUGCUUGUCGAGUUCCCCACUGCUCCCUCGACCUCGAGCUCCUCUGGUCCCACCGCUCCGGCCGGCGUGAAAGGUGCUCAAGCGCAAGAUAUUGAAGGAGGAGUGGGGACAGUAGGUCUCGGGGAAGGAGGCAAAAGAGGCGUGAGGGUGUUGUUUGACCCGGUGUUGGGGGAAGGUAUGGCAUUCUGGGGACUCGGCCCGAAACGUGAUAGUUCAUCCCCAUGCAAAAUUCCCUCCCUCCCGCAGAUCGACAUCAUAGCCAUCUCGCACAACCACUACGACCACCUCGACCUGCCCACCCUCUCCUCCGUCCUCGCUUCGCAAAAGGAACAGUAUGGCUCGGAGCCGGUGCUGUUUUUGCCGUUGAAUAACCGGCAUGUGGUCGCGGAUUUGGGGCUGGGGGGAGAGGGGAGGGUUAUAGAGCUGGAUUGGUGGGAGGGGAGGAGGGUCGUCGUUGAUGGUGUCGGUGAGGUGGAGAUGACUUGUACCCCAUGCCAACACACCUCCUCUCGAUAUCUCUGGGACAAGGAUAACUCACUUUGGUCGUCUUGGGUCGCAAAGGAUGUCAGGCCCGGUGUGACGAAUCCCACUUCCGUAUUCUUCGGCGGCGAUACCGGCUACUGCUCCCUCCCCUCCCACUCCCACCACUCCGCACACCUCCCCCCACCGCCUUCCCUCUCAUACUGCCCCGCCUUCAAAGACAUCGGCACCAAACUCGGCCCUUUCACCCUGGGCCUGAUCCCUAUUGGGGCGUAUUUCCCGAGGAUGAGCAUGUCGGGGAUGCAUGCUUCGCCGGGGGAUAGUGUGAGGAUCUUUAAAGAUACCAAAUGUAAACAAGCCCUAGGCAUUCACUGGGGUACGUUCCGCAUGACCGUCGAACCACUCACCGAGCCGCCCGAGAUGCUUGCUGCUGCUGUACGCGAGGCGGGGUUGGAGGAGGGGGUGUUUGGGUUUUGUGCGAUUGGGGAGACGAGGGGGUAUUCUUAG